GCCAGUCUCAGCCGGCCCAUUAUGUAGUCGAGCACGCUCUUUUGUUACGAUAACUCAGUCAAACAGUGAAACCGUAAGAGUGAACAUUGAAAGCAAAAAAAAUAAAAUAUUUUUAAAUCAUAAAUUAUUAUAAUAUUAGGUGAAAUAACAAUGGCUAAUAAAAGUAUAGAUAUAAUAGUGUUUGGUGCAACAGGGUUCACUGGAAAAUGUGCUGUGAAAAAUCUAGCUAUAUUAACAAAAGAUAAAUAUUGUGAUAUGACAUGGGGUAUUGCUGGUCGUUCUUUGAAUAAACUACAGAGUUUAAAAAAGGAACUGAGUGAUUCUGGUUUGGCAGUAGAGAACAUUUUGAUAUUUGAAAGUGACAUUGAAGAUCGUCAAUCCCUGAAGAAAGCACUGCUCCUGGCCAGAGUUGUCAUCAACUGUACGGGCCCCAACACGACCCUGAGCCCUCCUAUAGUAGAAGCCUGCAUCGAAUGUGGUACACAUUACGUCGAUAUUUCUGCUGAAAUGUUUCACAUACUCAGCCUAUAUCAACGAUAUAACAAAGCGGCAGAAGAUAAAAGCACACUGAUUAUCCCAAGCUGUGGAUUUGCUGCUAUACCAUCGGAAACUGGCAUGAUAUACCUUGAGAGACAAUUCAAAGGGACGUUACACACAGUAGAAUGCUACGUAGAGCUACUUUUACCAAAGAGAACGUAUGUACCUGGCCGAGCCCUCAUACACAAUGGAACAUGGACAUCCCUCGUUUAUGUGUUGGAAUAUUUCAAAGACUACCUCACUUUAUGGAAGGAGUUGUUUCCGAAGCCUGUGGAGCCGGUGCCUGAAGAAAUGAACAAAUCCUUUUUCCAUCGUCACAACGGCCGAUGUUGGUUCCCCUACCCAGGGACGGACAAUGAUUUAGUCAACAUGUCCCAAAGAUAUUUACACAACAAAAAUCAAAAGAAACCUGUACAUUUCGGGGCUUACACCACAGUUCCUCUGUUCUUUCACUGGAUUGUAAUUGCUGCUAUUUAUUUGUAUUACUAUUUGAGUUACUUCAAGUUCUUUAGGAAUUGGCUAAUUAAUUGCCCUCGUCUUUUCACCCUGGGUUACGCAUCUAAAAAAGGACCCACUGAUCGGACGAGAAAGGAUACAAAAUUUGAGUUUGUUCUAAAUGGUAAAGGAUGGGAGCUAGAUGGAAAGAUGGAAUCAAGGCCGACGAAAACUAUGUCGGUGAAGGUAUCAGGCAACGAUCCUGGUUACGAUGCAACAAGUAUAGCCAUCAUUAUGAGUGCAAUCACAAUAUUAAGAGAAAGUUCAAACAUGCCCAAAGGGGGAGUCGUCAUGCCCGGAGCAGCAUUCUACAGAACCGAUAUCGUAGAUAGAUUGAUGCAUGAAGGUUACAGCUACGAAAUUUUAAAAGAAGUAGAAGAUCUGUAGACUAUGGUCAGACCUGUUUUCCUAAGUGGUUCAGUCAGAAAGAUUGAAAGAGUUGAGAUAAAAAUGUUAAGAGGGGUGUGGGUGUUAUGCGACUUGAUAGGAUAAGGAAUCAGAAGGUAGAAAGUACUGAUAGAAAAGAAGGAAGAAUAGGUAUGAACGACGAAAAAUGCUACACCGAGCCCGAAAAAUUGGAAUGUGGGUAGAAAUUAGUUGAUAUAAGUAAUAAGGUGCCUAAGGUGGCGACAUAGUAUAAAUAUGGUGGCGACAUCUGUUAAAAUAUUAGGAACUAUUAUGGAAUUAUGCCUACAUGCAUCGUUUAAGUACAAAGUACUAUGGACUUAUUGGACUAAUUGGAUU